GCAUUCGCUCCAGCAAACCGACGCUGACGCAUACAAACGAGAGACGGCCAGCUCCAGAGCUGAAACGCACUGACAGGGGAAGAGUAGACACUGGCAAGAACUGCUUGAAAUUUGACUUUUUUCUCCCUUCACGACUGAUUUUCUUCAUUCUGUCAAGCCUUGGAGGGCUUUGCCCACGUUGUUUGCCUUGGGUUUUCAGAUUUCUUCUUCUUCUCCUCCCGGGACAAGGCUCCCAAAAGAGCAAAGACAAGAUUGCAUCUGCAGGGACGAGCCAACUCUUCCUCUGACUCUACAACAUUUUCUUUUGAACAGACUUUCCUCUCGCUCGGCUCCCUGUUCCAGCAUGGCUACCGUGCGUCAGAUGCCAGCGGAGACCUCUGGCUUCCACGCCCUCUCAGCCCACCUGAUGGCCGGGGCUAUGGAGGAGUUCCCCCAGAACCUGCCCGUCCCCCAGAGCCCGGCGAAGGGCAAGAGUCGCUCCCGCCGACCCCGGGAGGCCCGCUUCAAAACCCAGCCGGUCACCUUUGCUGAGAUCGCAGAGGUGGAAGAAGAAGGCUCUUCCCCCCUGGAAGAAGAGAGGGCCCGUCGCUCCUUUCUGCAGUCCCUGGAGAACCUGCGGAGGAGCACGCAGACCCUCUACUGCCCCGCCGCCACCAAUCGCACCCCUACGCCCACACAGGCCAGCCUGGACUCCAGCGACUCCGACUCCACCCAGUGAGGGCUUCUGCGCGCCUGUCUUCUGGCUCCAAUAUUCCUUCAUGGGACUUCAGACGGAGGCCGAAUAACUGAACCAAACGGGCCUGCCUGCAGUCCUGCCUUUACGUUUAAGCUACCGCUGCCAUGCAAAGUCUGCAUUUAGUUCUCUAACGUGUCAGCACGCUGCUCGAAGACGCACAUCGCACAUGUCUGUGAAGACCUCCGCCACAGGCUGGUUUAACUGCUGUACAGAAAUCAUGUGUUAGAGGUAGCAGAUAACGCCACGUUGAGCACAACGUCUUCAGAUGUAUUCCUUUUCUACUGUAGUUGUUUGAGAGAAAUGUGACAGAUGAAGGCUAUUUUUUCCAUUUUGAAGCUGUAGAGGAUGGAAAGGGUGGUUUAAAAAUGUUAAUAUUGUGACCGAGUUGUCUGUAAACACACUGACAAAGCAAAACGUCAUGCAGCAAAAGUUACCUGAGUGUGCCUGAAGCUGAAGCGGACCAUCAUGAGGCUCGUCUCCAGAGCCUCAAGGGUUUUUAGUUUUAGUUUUUCCAGCUUCACGGUCAGUGGAGUAAGCGCUGUUGCUUCUGUUUCUGAGAAUUUUACCUUUCUACUUUUAAAAAUUAAUUUAUUUACUUUAAAUUGUUUUGCAUAAUCAAAUAAAAUCCUAGAUAUAAAGUUCUCUAUGACCUUUAGUCACUUUGACUUUCAUACAAAGGAUAACCUUUAUAUUUUGUGAAUCUACUACUUUGUAUGUAUAUGUGUAUAUAUAUAUUUGUU